UUAGGAGAUAUGUAUCUCUAUGCAAAAAAAAAAAAAAAUUAUUAUCCUGAAAAAUUUGCAAAUGAAAUGUGUCAAGAUUCUUUGACAGCAAUAACUUUCAUGGAUAAAUGAAUCUAUACAAUCGUAUAAUAUAUAAUUAUACAAGCUCUAUAUAUUCUUAUCCAAUUCAGCAAUCUCAUUUAACAAGCUCGAGCCUAAUAUGUUUUGUUGAAUUGAUGAUAUAGUGUAAUUUAUUUUUUCAUAAAACUCGUGAAAACAAAAUGUUAACUCAAAGAUUGUCCUACUAUAGUAUUAACAUUGAUUCUCAAAAGAAUCUAGAAAAGGUGGGAGAUAUCGACGUAAAAGGAUCGGAUCCAUUUAGAUAAGAGUGAAUCCUUUGGGCUAGAAGUGCUUCAGAUGAAACCUGAAACACUUGAAACAUUCUUCUGAAACAUUUUUUUUUCUUUUAACAUAAACCGGUUGAAAAGUUGAUUCUUCAAAACCGUUGAGAAAACUACUCGUGAGAAUAAUUUUAAAACGUUAAAAUACCAAGAUAACAGUUACUGCUCGUUAACUCAAUCAGUCCGAUAACCGUAAUGAUAGCCAUCGCGUAUGUAAACGCCCAUUGACGUGGGGGAUGUGAUGUAAACGUACGUCAGGGUUGCUACAUAUGUAUACGUAUGCUAUAUAUUGCAAGACGCACGCGACGCCGGCGCUGCAUUCAAUAUAAACUGACGUUGUGCUCUCCCCGGUGUGUCUUCAGCGACGUGAAAAAAAAAUCGGAUCUCUAUUUUCUUCCUAACGAGCGAUGAGCGCGGUCGCCGAGCAAACACCAGGCGUGGAGUUCGUGAUCGGCGCCCUGGCAGCGGUAGGCGCCGGCUUCUUCACGAAUCCAGUGGAUGUGGUGAAGGUGCGACUGCAGUUGCAGGGUGAGCUAGAGGCACGGGGCUCUUACAAGAAGAUAUACAAAAACACCCUGCACACCGCGUAUCUUAUAGCCAAGCAUGAGGGUGUGCUGGCCCUGCAGGCGGGACUUGUGCCCGCACUCGCCUUCCAGGUUGUGCUCAACGGUAUUCGUCUUGGCGCGUACAAGUCCGCCCAGAGAUACGAGCUGAUCGUCGACAAGCAAGGCAACACUGAUAUCCUACGUACCGCCGUGGUGUCCGGCACGGCUGGUUGCGUCGGUGCCGUUCUCGGUAGUCCGUUGUAUCUGGUCAAAACGCAGUUGCAAGCGCAAUCCGCGCAAUCUAUCGCCGUAGGCUACCAGCAUAAUCAUUCGGGAUCAUGGGACGCUUUCAGGUCCCUGUGGCUGGAGGGAGGCAUCACGGCGCUAUAUCGAGGAUGGAAUGCCAACAUGCCGCGCGUAUUUGUUGGCUCGGCAACGCAGCUGACCACCUUCGGAUUAGCGUCAGACUGGCUGCGCUCGCUAAAUAUAUUUCCAGAUCGCCCGAUAUUGCUGACCUUCUUGGCCUCCGUGAUCGGAGGUAGCUGCGUAGCCGUUACCAUGCAGCCGUUCGACGUCCUAGCGACGCGGUUGUAUAAUCAACAGACGGACGCGGCUGGAAAAGGUACCCUGUACAAAGGACUCGGGGACGCGCUCAUCAAGAUAUUCCGCACUGAGGGUCUGACCGGCCUGUACAAAGGAACGUUCCCAACGUGGAUGAGGAUAGCGCCGCAUACGGUUUUGUGUCUAGUGUUUUACGAGCAGCUAGAUCAAAUGUAUAGCAAUUUUAGAAGACGAACCAAUUGAUGCUAGUUCUAAAUUUGUAUAAAUUAUAUGUAUUUAUACCCUUAUACCCUAGGUAUAUGCACAGCGAAAAUUUUGUAAGAUUUUUCAAGAACGUUGAACAUUAAAUAUUGCAAAUCUAUUCGGAA